GUCUGAGAUGCUCCUCCUGCUCCAGAUCAACACAUCCCCUUCUGACAUAAACAUGUGCACACUGAGGAAAAAAGCAAGUACCUUUUUCAUCUAAACAGAGCACAAGGGCACAACAUUGUCUCUCAGCUUUGCUGCUGUUUUGAUUUUCUUAUCGCCGGAAGUGUGUCUGUCAUCGGUGUGAGGAAAUUGUGGAGAGACGAAACUGUCGUAAUAAUAGCUCGACUGACCGGAUAAAUAGAAAAAUGGAAAACCCACGGAAAUUAUUAUAUUCCAAUAUCAAUUCUUUUUACCUUUACUUUUGAAAAUCAAAUAAGGAGGACUUUGCAUCUCACUUCUUCUGGCUCAUUCUAGAGACUGGAGUGUAAACCUUCUGGAUGUUUUAACUAGGCUGCCAGUGAACCGUUCCUUUUGGCAGGUCCCUCUCUGGUGUUUUUUUCCCUCGCUCCACCAGUUCCCCUCAUGCAAUUUCUCUGGCAUGUGUUCUUGAACUCAACACUAUCGCUGAGCUUUGAGUAAAGGAGCUUAAUGUGGAUUGUCCCACGAUGGAAUGUAGUUUGUGGGCUGCACAAGCUGGGGAGACCUUCGAACUGAGGAGACCUUCACAGCUUUGGAGCUGUCGCUUGACGGAUGCAGCUCCCAUAUUGGACCCUGUUCUCCAGAAAAAGUGUCUAGGACUUAUAGACCAAGUAUUUAUUUUGUGAAUUUAGGUGUGUCUUUGAAUCUUCAUGAUGAGACGUUUUGACAAGCUCAAAAAAUCAUUCCCAUUUCUUGCCCAUUUCCAUGUGUACAGAAAGCUGGGCAGUAGCAUGCAGUGUGAGGAGGGCACUGAGUGGCUGCUGGAGCUGCUGAUGGAAGUGCAGUUGCAGCAGUUCUUACUGCGCAUCCGUGAUGAGCUCAACGUUACGCGCCUUUCACACUUUGACUAUGUAAAAAAUGAGGACCUGGAGAAGAUUGGGAUGGGCCGUCCAGGGCAGAGACGCCUGUGGGAGGCAGUGAAGAGAAGGAAAACCAUGUGCAAGCGCAAGUCUUGGAUGAGCAAGGUAUUCAGCGGUAAAAGACCAGAAGGAGAAUUCAAUCCCCAGCCGGCCAGUACGUUCCGGAAACCUUCCCCCACACCGCCUCCAUUAGAUGGCCAGCAACAAGCCCUCACCUGCCUGAUUAGUGAAAAAGACUUGGCCCUCUUUGAGAAACUGGGCGACGGUUCCUUCGGCGUGGUCAAACGUGGAGAGUGGUUCACACCAAAUGGGAGAGUGCUUAAUGUGGCAGUGAAGUGUCUGAAGACUGAUGUGCUUAGCCAGCCAGAUGCUCUGGACGACUUCAUCCGGGAGGUCAAUGCCAUGCAUUCCCUCGACCACCAGAACCUCAUCCGUCUCUACGGAGUCGUCCUCACGCACCCCAUGAAGAUGGUGACUGAGCUCGCACCUCUGGGGUCCAUGCUGGAUCGUUUGCGGAAGACCCUGGGCCAUUUCCUCAUUUACACCCUGUGUCAGUACACCAUCCAGAUUGCAAAUGGCAUGGCUUACCUAGAAUCCAAACGCUUUAUCCAUCGGGACCUCGCUGCUAGAAACAUUCUGCUGGCUUCCAAUGAGGUGGUCAAAAUCGGAGACUUUGGGCUGAUGAGGGCGCUGCCUAAGAAUGAUGACCAUUAUGUCAUGCAAGAGCAUCGCAAAGUCCCGUUCGCAUGGUGUGCCCCAGAGAGUCUGAAGACACGCACAUUUUCUCAUGCCACGGACACAUGGAUGUUUGGUGUGACGUUGUGGGAGAUGUUUACCUAUGGACAGGAGCCCUGGCUGGGCCUGAAUGGUAGUCAGAUACUCCACAAAAUUGAUAAGGAAGGUGAAAGGCUGCCUAAACCAGAGGACUGUCCUCAGGACAUCUACAAUGUCAUGAUGCAAUGCUGGGCUCAGAAACUAGAUGACAGGCCAACCUUUGUAGCUCUAAGGGAAUUUCUGGUGGAGACCCUGCCAAUAGAAAUGAGGGCACUACAAGACUUUGAUGAGCCUGACAAGCUUCAAAUCCAGAUGAAUGAUGUUAUUACGAUCAUUGACGGCAGGGCAGAGAACUACUGGUGGAAAGGUCAGAAUAAGCGCACCCUGAAGGUUGGUCAGUUUCCUAGGAACACUGUAACGUCAGUCACGGGUCUGUCUGCCCAUGAUAUAAGCCGUCCACUAAAGAACAGCUUCAUCCACACGGGCCAUGGAGACACUAACCCCCACCACUGCUGGGGCUUUCCUGACAAGAUCGAUGAUCUUUAUCUUGGUAACCCCAUGGAUCCUCCAGAUGUGCUGGGGUUGGAAUUGAAUUCUGCGAGACCAACUCAACUUCCUGGACGUUCUAAAAAGGAGGCUCCCCCUCGACCCCCUCAGCCAUCUUUGCUGUUUAAGAAACCCUGCUAUGAUGCUGUUACUGAUGAUGAGGACCAAACUUCCAUAGGCCUUCGCCGACUCUCUUUAAAGAAAAAGGGCCUUAAGCUCAAACCAGGCGCUUGGGUUUCUGCUACCAAGUUAGGUGAACGUUCUGUUUACGGUGUGCGGACUCAAGGGGGCAGCACUCCAACAGAAGUGUCUCUCAUAGACUUCGGAGAAGAGCUCCCAUCGGCUACACCCUCUCCUGUAGUGGAGAUGCAAAUCCCCACACUUGCUAAGCUGGCACUUGAAGGAGAAAAUAUCUUAGACAAAACUCCUCCUCAGAGCCCCUCGCGCUUUUUACCUCGUCCCCUUCACCCUACCCCAGUUGUGGACUGGGACGCCCGACCCCUCCCUCCACCCCCAGCCUAUGACGAUGUAGCACAAGAUGAGGAUGACAUUGAAGUGAGCUCCAUCAACAGUGCGGAUCGAGGACCUGAUGAACAGUGCUCUCAGUUUACGCCUUGCUCCCCCACUGGGAAGGGUAAUCCUCACGUAGAAGACAAUUUGUUUUUGCCCUACAGCCAGAGCCAUGCCUGUACAAUAUCACAGUCCACUGAGAUUUUCCAGGAGCUGCAACAGGAGUGUAUGAGGCAUCUCAAUGUGCCUGUGAACUCUACCAGCCCAGGUCUGGAGACACACCGCCAGAUUAUCCUAACUCUUUCUGAAGACAAACCCCAGAUACCACCACGCAUACCCAUCCCACCCCGCCCGGUCAAGCGCACAGGGGGCGAGUAUGCACGCUGGUCUGGUGAGCUCUCUCCGGUCUCCGGAAAUGAGGAGGACAAGGAGCGUCCACCCCAGAUCCCCCCACGGGAACCCCUCUCCCAGCCGGGCUCACGCACACCCAGUCCACACGUGGGCUCGCCGCAGACCCGCGGCAGCCUCUGCUCUUCCGCUUCUAUUUAUGGCUCAUCCUACCUCUCCACCUCACCUGCUAAACUCAUGCCAACCACUCAGAGCUUUGCCUCCGAUCCCAAAUAUGCUGCUCCUAAGGUCAUUCAGGCACAGGGCAAAGACAAGGAAACAGUUAAAGGACCUUGCAUUCUGCCUAUUGUACGCGACGGCAAAAAAGUCAGCAACACUCACUACUACCUCCUACCCGAGAGGCCUCUAUAUCUAGAUCGCUAUGAUAAGUUCUUUAGAGAGGCGGAGAGUGGCGAGGAGAAGAAGCAGGUGAACACAGCCACCGUCAAGCCCAUGGUUCAUCAACACGUUGAGCUCAAGUCCAAUUUUUCCUCCAAUAACAACAGCACUCUGACUGUCUCCGGAUGUAGAGGGGGAUUGAAGAACUCUCUCAGCCUGUCCAGAGUAAGCACUGAUGGAUAUUUUAGCAGAGCGGACACCCACGACAAACUCCUACUAGUACAGGAGGCCGUCCACGGAGUGACCAUUGAAGAAUGUCAGACAGCUUUACAGAAUCACAGCUGGAAUGUGCAGAAAGCUGUGCAAUACUUAAAGGUGGAGCAGCUCUUCUGUCUGGGGCUGAAGACAAGGCUGGAGUGUCAUAAUAUGCUAGAGAUGUAUGACUGGAACUUGGAGUUAGCCAGCACACAAUUGUUGGACUCAUGUGGCUCAGUCAAACUGAGGCGAUGAUACAUUGGAAAAGCCUGAUGGCCGAAAAGACUUUUGAGAUAUCUUCAUAGCACAUUUUACCUCCACUCCAGCGCCGGAUAUGACUUUAUCUGUCUGUAUACACAUGAGACAGUGACUGCGCUCCUCUGGCGUCUGGCCAAAAAUCCCUUUCUAGGGUACAAUACUGAGUUCACAGGUCAACGUUUAUAGAACCUGCUCUUGUUGUUCCAGUUGAUAGUGACUGAUGGAAAAGGUGCUGCUUGUCUUUCUUACAAUUAUUUUCAUAGAGAAUUUUCUACAAGUAGGAGGUGAAGAAAGACACUUGAAAGCUUAUAUAAAUGUCUUUAUACAGUACUGUCGGAUGUUUUGGCUAUACAUUUGCAUUUGAUACGUUUGAGUUCUUGGUUCUUAUCAGAUAUUUGUUGUUAGAUUUUUGUGUGUGUGUGGAUCACCUGCAUCAAAGAAAGAGUACAAACUCUUCCAACUUAAAGUGAUAGUUCACUAUUAUGGUUCAUUUCCUCCACCUCUCAUCAUCAAACCUGUAUGACUUUCUUAAGCAGAACACAAAAUAAGAUAUUUUGAUGAAAGUUAACUGGCCCCCAUUCACUUGCAUUGAUUUCGUGUUCAUACAAUAGAAGGGAAUAGGGACUAGUGCUGGUUACCAACUUUAUUCAAAAUAUCUUAGUUUGUGUUCUGCAGAAAAAAUAAAGUCAUAAAGGUUUGAAAUGACAAGAGUGUGAGGAAUUUUUCUUUUUUGGGUGAACUAUUCCUUUAAGGCUGUAUGUAUGUUGUAUUUAACAAGUUAUGUGUUAAAAUUUCUGUGUCACAUGUUGACAUCGAUGUACGACCCUCUGCCUUUUCUGUAUUUUCUCUUCACUACUAAGCUUUAUGCAUCACCAUAAAUGACUAGUUUUUAGUGAAACCCA